GGAUCUGGGGUGCUGAAACUAGGCAGAGGAGCUGCUUGGAGAUGCUUCUGCUGUGGCUGCUGCUGCUGCUGCUGUUACUGCUGCCCCCACUGGCCAUACUCUGGCCACAGAGGUCUCGGGAUGCCAGGCCAUCCUGGCUGAUCCGCCUCCAGCACCAGAUGGCCUGGGGGGUGCUGGGCUGGGCAGCUGCCUGGCAGCAGCAGAAACUGAAGCAGAGAACACUGCACGUGGGCCAGAGCCAACAGCAGGCCCUCAGGUGGUGUCUGAAGCGAGCCCAGGGCCUCUGCUGGCUCCCCAAGGAGAACACAGACAUGAGCACCUUCCGGAAUCAUCUCCCACUGACCAAACCCAGCCACGGCCAGGAGGAAGAAAGUGAAGAGAAGCCCCUGCCUCCCACCCUUCCUCAGUACCAUGGAGAGACCUGUCUGCAGGCCACCCUUCUGGGUCUAGUAACCCUAAACAAAGCCUACCCAGAAGUGCUAGCUCCAGGAAGUACUGCCUGUGUGACCCCGACAUCCCCGUGGCCCUACUCUGUCCCCUGGCUUGGGCAUGCCCUGGGCCGGGUAAGCCCUCUUGGAGCCAAGGAUCCCCGAACUCUGCUGCUGGAGGCACUGACAAGCCCUGGGCUGAGGGGACUGGAGGCAAGGACUGCUGUGGAGCUCCUGGAUGUCUUUGUGCGCCUGGAGACUGAUGGCAAAGAAUUGGCUGAGGCCAUAGCAGCUGGGAAUGUAGGAACACCUCUCCCCGGACGAGCGGCUGAACUGCAAGAGGCCUUAGAGCAGGGAGCCCGAGGACUGGCCCUUCGCCUGUGGCCAAAGCUACAGGUGGUGGUGACGCUGGACGCAGGAGGCCAAGCAGAAGCUAUGGCUGCCCUUAGGGCCUUGUGGUGCCAAGGGCUAGCCUUCUUCUCUCCUGCUUACACUGCCUCUGGAGGGGUGAUAGCCCUAAACCUCUGGCCGGAGCAACCCCAAGGACUCUAUCUUCUGCCCCCUGGACACCCGUUUAUUGAGCUGCUUCCAGUCAAGAAAGGAAUCCAAGAGGACGCAGCCUCCACGCUCCUCCUUACUGAUGUCCAAAGGGAAGAAGAGUAUGAGCUGGUGCUCACUGACCAUACCAGCCUGACCAGGUGCCGCAUGGGUGAUGUGGUGCAGGUGGUUGGUGCCUACAAUCAGUGUCCUAUUGUCAGGUUCACCCGCAGGCUGGGACAGACCUUGAGUGUUCGAGGAGAAGCUACUGGUGAGGCUCUAUUCUCUGUGGCCCUGGCCCAAGCCGUGGGACAGUGGCCAGGGGCCAAACUAUUGGACCACAUCUGUGUGGAGAGCAGCAUUCUGGACUCCUGUGAGGGUUCCGUCGCCCCACAUUACGAAGUAUUCGUGGAGCUGAGGGGGUUGAGGAAUCUGUCGGAAGAAAAUCGAGACAAGCUUGACCACUGCCUUCAAGAAACCUCCCCUCACUACAAGUCGUUGCGGUUCCAGGGAAGUGUGGGUCCUGCCAAAGUCCAUCUGGUGGGGCCGGGUAGCUUCAGAGAACUCCGGGAAGCGCUAGCAGCCUGCCCCUCCUCUUCCUUCCCUCCCGAAAUGCCUCGGGUCCUCAGGCUCAGGCACCAGGCCCAGCUCCUGCAGAAGAGGGUAAUAUCCUAACCAAGGCAGCCAGGCUUCCCUUUGCCACGUCUCUCCUCUGGGGCAUCUCCAGAUGUUGAGUCCUGGGCUAGAGCUCACGCACUGUUGGCCUAUCAGAGCCAUUGGAUCUUAGGGAGGCGGCCUUAGAGUCACUGG